CGAAAUAUUUCAGCUCAAUCUGGCGGCAGCACCUCUUCUUCUCCCGCUCGAAGCUCGAAUUUUUGCCUACAAAAUAAAAAGCUUUAAGAGCUCUUUUAAUUGCACCAGAAGCCUUCGGAAAAAAUAAAAUCAAAGAGGAUUCCACUUUGGUUAGGGAACUUCAUUUUGGAGGAUCCUAACCUUCAGUUGUUGGUGCUGAAUUUGGGAAGAAGUUCUUCCAUUAUUUCCGAAUUAAAUCCAGCUUCGAGUCUCUAAGAUGAGUUCCAUGAACUUAAAUACCAACCACGGUCAUGGAAAGCUUGGCAUGAAAGCUGUUAAAUCGGAGCAACAUAUCGGAAGAUUGACUGUUCUAAGGGCUUCUAACAAUGAGUGCUCUCCAAUUGAUGAUUCAGGCUUUUGCUCGACAUCGUCAAUGUCUCCAGCCCCUAUUUGUCGACAGUUCUGGAGAGCUGGAGACUAUGAGGACAGGCUUAUUUCUAAGCCAGCAUGUCAAAAUCGCACAGGCUAUCUUCAUAUUCACCCCAAAUUUCUUCACUCUAAUGCCACUUCUCACAAGUGGGCCUUUGGUGCUGUGGCAGAACUGCUUGAUAAUUCCAUUGAUGAGAUACAAAAUGGGGCCACCUUUGUUGUCGUGGAUAAGACCUCAAAUCCCAGGGAUGGAACUACAGCUUUGUUAAUUCAAGAUAAUGGUGGUGGAAUGAACCCUGAAGCAAUGCGGCGUUGCAUUAGUUUUGGGUUUUCUGAUAAGCAUUCAAAAACUGCAAUAGGACAGUAUGGAAAUGGGUUUAAGACCAGUUCUAUGAGACUCGGGGCUGAUGUUGUGGUCUUCAGCCGCUCCAUGGUGGACAGGAAAUCGACGCAAAGUGUAGGUUUGCUAUCUUAUACAUUUUUAACGCAAACAGGCCAGGAUAGAAUAGUUGUCCCAAUGGUUGAUUAUGAGUUUGAUUCACAUACAAGUACAUGGAAUUCAUUACACGAUGAACAACAUCUAAAUAAAAAUCUUUCCAUCCUCUUAGAGUGGUCUCCGUUUAUGACAGAAGCCGAACUUCUGAACCAAUUUGAUGACAUUGGCUCUCAUGGUACCAAGAUAAUAGUCUACAAUCUAUGGCAGAAUGAUGAUGGAAAAUUGGAGCUCGAUUUUGAGUCAGACCCAGAGGAUAUUCGUAUCUGUUGGGACACUAGAGAAAAAGCUAAAUUUUCCUCUAAGAUGAAAGCAAGCGAACAGCAUCUUGCUAAUCGUUUUAAGCAUUCACUUCGCGCAUAUUUAUCUAUUUUAUACUUGCAAUAUCCUGGGAACUUUUGCAUAGUAUUGCGUGGACAAAUUGUUGAGUAUCAUAACAUUGGAAGUGAUCUCAAAUUUCCGCAAUUCAUACGGUACAAACCUCAAAAUGUUGAGGAAUCGGUCAUCACUACGAUUGGCUUCCUGAAGGAAGCUCCAGCUGUGAAUGUACAUGGUUUUAAUGUCUACCACAAGAAUAGACUGAUACUGCCAUUUUGGCAUGUUGUAACCUUUUCUGACAGCAGAGGCAGAGGAGUUGUAGGGCUUUUGGAAGCAAACUUUGUUAAGCCUACUCACAAUAAACAGGAUUUUGAGAAAACUCCAGUCUUCCAAAAGCUUGAAACCCGUCUAAAAGAAAUGACACAAGAAUACUGGGAUUACCAUUGUGGACUCAUUGGCUAUCAAGCUAAGAAAAUCCCUCGAACAAUGGCACAUCAAGUUGUACCUAAUCCUAAGUCAAAUUGUGGACCUGGUAUAUAUCAACCUGUCGUGCUGACUAGAGACUCCUCAAGUGCUUUUGGUGUAAGAGCAUCAUCGGCAGCUGGAGUUAAAAAAGAUGCAUCUGGAAUCUCCUUGCCGUCCUUCCAUAAGAGCACAGAGGAAGCAGCUCUCAAAAGGAAAAGACAUGAGCAAGUUGUGGAGACUGGAAGGGCAAAUAGGAUGGGAGGCACAAGGGUGAGAUCUGUUGAUAAUGCUCACAGUGGAGAUGUACAACAGCGUGCUAUUUAUCCUGCCAGGGCGUUCCAAGUAGACGAAGAAGCCGCUAAGAUAAUUCAAGAUAACCGAAACCUCUGCGCCCGGUUCAAAGAAUAUGAGGGGAUAGACAAAGAACUCAAUCUUAAGAUUACAAAACUCAAGGCAGAAAUAGAAGAAGCACGUCGCGAGUAUGCUCGGAUGCUUCUAGAAUCCAAAGUGUUGGAGAAAGUGAAAAGGGGGAAGGGAAACAGGGAACAGGGACAUGUCUGAUCAUUUUGCUGAUAUUUUUGCUUGUCUAUUUAUAGGAACUAAUCCAAUAGGUGAGGUCCAGUCCAAUCUCCAUCUUAAUACUCCUUCCGUCUCACUCAAGAUGUCCACAUUCUCGAGUGGGUGGACAUCUUGAAGGAAGAGUACUCAGUAAAUAGGAGGCUUGGUGAAAGAAUGAGCUCUAGUCUCCAUCCUUGUAAUUUUUGUGAGAGAAUGAAAAUCAGUCUCCCACAGUUGGAGGAUUUCGAAAAUUGCACCAUCUCAAUACUUGGGUGUUUCUCUCUUUUCAUGUCCAAGUUUUAUUAGUAUGAUAGGAUUUCUGCCACACAAAAGAAUAUAUUUGACAGAUCAAAAGAUUCGAAGAGAAAUCGCAAGUCCAGCCAAUCUUUGUAGAAUCUAAAUUUAUAAGUAGUAAUUCAAUUUAUAGAAUUCUUGUAUAUUCUUUUA